CAAUAUUUGUGUAUAUGUGAUCUUGAACGUUUCUCGCCAUUUUAUCUCAUGGCUUCUUCUUCUUCUUCCUCUUCUUCGUCCCGCACCUGGAGAUACCGCGUCUUUGCGAGCUUCCACGGAGCUGAUGUCCGCAAAACAUUUCUGAGUCAUUUACGUAAAGAGUUUAACUACAAUGGGAUCACGAUGUUCGAUGAUCAAGGGAUUGAGAGAAGCCAAAUCAUCGCACCUGCUCUCACACAAGCGAUUAGGGAAUCAAGAAUCUCAAUCGUCUUACUAUCAAAGAACUAUGCUUCUUCGAGCUGGUGCUUGGACGAGUUGUUGGAGAUUAUCGAGUGUAAGGAAGCUAUGGGACAAAUAGUGAUGACGGUCUUUUAUGGAGUAGAUCCAUUUGAUGUGCGGAAACAGACGGGAGAGUUUGGUAAGGCUUUCGUUCAAACGUGUGCCCGAAGUAAGAAAGAGAAGAGGCGAAGAUGGAGUCAAGCUUUGAACCAUGUGGGAAACAUAGCUGGAGAACACUUCCAAAACUGGGACAAUGAAUCAAAGAUGAUUGAAAAGAUUUCCAGAGAUAUUUCAAACAAACUAAACACUACAAUCGCCAGAGAUUUUGACGAUAUGGUUGGACUUGAAGCACACUUGGAGAAAAUGAAGUAUUUAUUAGAUUUAGAUUAUGAGGAUGGAGCUUUGAUAGUUGGGAUAUGUGGCCCUGCAGGCAUUGGUAAGACUACCAUUGCCAGAGCUUUACAUAGUCUACUCUCAAGUAGUUUCCAGCUUAGUUGUUUUGUGGAGAAUCUUAGAGGAAGCUAUAAUAGUGGUCUUGACGAGUAUGGCUUGAAGCUGCGUUUACAAGAGCAGCUUCUAUCAAAGAUUUUAAACCAAAAUGGUAUGAGGAUAUACCAUUUAGGUGCAAUACAAGAAAGGCUAUGCGACCAAAAAGUGUUUAUCAUUCUUGAUGAUGUGAAUGAUCUAAAGCAAUUGGAGGCUUUGGCUAAUGAGACUAGUUGGUUUGGUCCGGGGAGUAGGAUCGUUGUGACCACAGAAGAUCAAGAGAUUUUGAGGCAACAUGGUAUCAACAAUACUUACCAUGUGGGUUUUCCAUCUAUAGACAAAGCUCUUGAGAUCUUUUGUCUAUAUGCUUUUAGAAAAAGCUCUCCACCUGAUGGUUUCAAAAAUCUUACAGAAAGAGUAAUAAGUAUUUUUGAUAACCUUCCAUUGGCUCUGCGUGUCAUGGGCUCAUGUUUACGUGGGAAGGGGGAGGGUGAGUGGGAAGCUCUAUUGGACAGGCUAGAAACUAGCAUUGAUCGAAAUAUCGAGGGAGCACUUAGAGUUGGGUAUGAUAGUUUACAUGAGGAAGAACAAUCUCUAUUUCUCUACAUUGCGGUCUUUUUCAACUACCACAAAGAUGAUCAUGUGAUUGCAAUGCUCGCUGACAGUAACUUGGAUGUCAAAAAUGGGUUGAAAAUCCUAACCAAUAAAUCACUUAUUUAUACAUCUACUAGUGGAACAAUAGUAAUGCACAAAUUACUACAACUAGUGGGUAGACAACAAAUUCAUAGACAAGAGCCUUGGAAACGCAACAUCUUAAUUGAUGCAGAUGAGAUUUGUUAUGUCCUCGAGAAUGAUAAAGAUACAAGAGCUGCUUUAGGCAUAUCCCUUGAUACAUCUCGAAUCAACAAAGUUUUCAUAAAUGAGGGAGCUUUCAAAAGAAUGUGUAAUCUUCGAUUCCUAAGUAUCUACAAUACAAGAAAUGUAAAAAAUGAUCGAGUGGGCAUACAUGAAGACUUAGAGUUUCCACCUCAUCUAAGGUUACUUCGCUGGAAAGCAUAUCCAAGAAAUGCUUUUCCUACUACAUUUCAUCCAGAAUAUCUUAUAGAGCUUGAUUUGCAAGAGAGCCAUCUUGAGAAGCUUUGGCAAGGAACACAGCCACUUACAAAUCUCAAGAAAAUGGAUUUGACACGAUCCUCUCAUUUAAAGGAACUUCCAGAUCUUUCAAAUGCUACAAAUCUCGAGAGAUUGGAACUGAGCCAUUGCAAGAGUUUGGUAGAGAUUCCUUCCUCCUUUUCGGAACUUAGAAAACUACAGACGUUGGUAAUACACAACUGCACAAAGCUAGAAGUUGUUCCAACUCUCAUCAAUUUGGCGUCUCUUAAUUUCGUCAACAUGUAUGGAUGCCCACAAAUGAAAAAAUUUCCAGGUAUUUCUACGCAUAUCUCAAGACUCGUUAUAGAUGACACAUUGGUAGAAGAACUACCUACAUCAAUAAUGCUUUGCACUCGUCUUACGCCUCUCCUUAUAAGAGGUAGUGGAAACCUUAAGACACUAACAUAUCUCCCUGAAAGUCUAACGUAUCUAGACCUAAGGUGUACGGGCAUUGAGAAGAUUCCAGAUUGGAUCAAAGAUCUGCAUGCGCUAAACUGCCUUCAUAUAGGGGGAUGUAGAAAACUGAAAUCGCUGCCACAGCUUCCUCUUAGGCUCACAGUGGCGGAUCCAGGAGAAAAAUUUACAUGGGGCACAGCUGAUGAAUACUAAUAAAGAAUUUUUUUUUAGAAAUAUUAAGACAAGGCCAAAACAUAAAAUAUGAUAAACAAUUGUAGAUGAGAGGCAUUGAACCCUCCACCUUUGACAUAAUAUGUGGCACUUUUUACCAAAUGUGCUAAGAUAUUU